AUGCCAAGGUCUUUCUUGGUAAAAAAGGUGAAACUGGACGAUUUCUCCACCGGGGCGGAUUUGGAGAACGCCUACCGGCACAGGACAGACCUCAGCCUGCGGCUCCAUGACAAAGCUGGUUACAUCAGUGACUACAUCAGCCCUGUCGUGUACGAUGGUGAGAGUGACAGUGGGAUCAAGAUGCCCUCCCCCGACCCCCUCUAUGAUGGUAUCCACAGUGACUACGGGGCCCCUGACUCGGAGUCCCCCGACAGUCCCGGCUCCGAAAUCACUGACGGUUACAUCAACGGAGAUGCUGCGGUGAGUGAGGGUUACACAGUCGAUGCCUUCUUCAUCACUGAUGGCCGCUCGAGGAGGAAAGCUCUUAGCAGUCCCAGGAACAUCCAGAGGCACACCUGCAACGAGUGCGGCAAAACCUACGCCACGUCUUCCAACCUGAGCCGGCACAAACAGACACACCGCUCGCUGGACAGCAAGCUGGCAAAGAAAUGCCCGACCUGCGGGAAGGUGUACGUCUCCAUGCCCGCCAUGGCCAUGCACCUGCUCACGCACGACCUCAAGCACAAGUGCGACGUGUGCGGGAAAGCGUUCAGUCGACCUUGGCUCUUGCAGGGCCACAUGCGCUCUCACACGGGCGAGAAGCCGUUCGGAUGCGCCCACUGCGGCAAGGCCUUCGCGGACCGCUCGAACCUGCGCGCUCACAUGCAGACCCACUCGGCCUUCAAACACUUCAAGUGUAAACGCUGCAACAAGACCUUCGCGCUCAAGAGUUACCUGAACAAGCACUACGAGUCUGCCUGCUUCAAAGGCCCCUUCUCUCCUCUCGGCCCCCUAGAUGCAUGA